AUGAGCGAUUUUGCUUUUCCUUAAAUCUCUUUGUUACCGGAAACGAUGAGUCAUGUGACAAUUAAAUAACAGGACUUUCUGCGUUGGCUUUUAGCUUUUUGCUCUGCUUUGAGUGUUGUGGUUGGAGUCUCUCUUAGGUAAACCAGAAUGCAGUAUUUAUUCUGUAUCACAGCACUUCUUGCUUUUGCUUCAGGGAAAGCAUCUGACACUGAGCUAUCCAAUAGUGAGCUCCUGCUGUCACUCAACAAGGAUCUGCUGCGCUCUCUAGAGAUACAAGAAGGCCUCCCCAAUCCCAGUGUGCACUUGGCUUUACGGCUGUCUGAUCGGCACAACCUUGCCAAGGAGAAUGAACACCUGAAUAAACUGAAAACUAAUUUUCACAAUGACCUUCAAAAUUCUCUGUCGAACAACAAGGCUGUGGUCGGCCGCUUGGCACUGUACACACUGGCUUUGAAAUCAUCCUGUUUCGACCUCAACACCGUUUCCUUUACUGUCUGCGAACAAACUGAGACACUGCUGACCCACCUUAAAAAGCAGAUGGAUCAGGAAAAAACACAUAUUGCACACAGCAACCGCCCAUUGACCAAUUAUUACCAGUACUCUCUGGGUGUACUGGCCCUCUGUGUGACUGGCAUCAGGGUCAACAACCACGUCAGCCAAAAGCUCAUCAAGGCAGUGGAGCAUGAAGGCUUUAAACAUGGAGAUUCUGACAGUAUUGAUACCUAUGCCAUGGCUGGUAUGGCACUUCAGUGUGUAAAGAACGCUGGUUCCCAUGUGCACAAUGCUGAAGAGCUUGAUUCAGCUCUUAGCAAGACCAAACAGAAGCUCCUUUCCUCACGUGGCACCGAUGGUCAUAUUGGCAAUAAAUUCAGCACAGGCCUUGCAGUCCAGGCCUUAUUGGCAAUGGGCAGCCAGGUUUCAGACAGUGAUGCUGCCAUGGAGGCCAUGAGAACUGAUGCCAGGAACAAUAAUUACCACAACCCCAUGGCCAUAUCUCAGACUCUGCCAGCUCUCCAGCAGAAAUCCUACCUGGAUAUUAAAGACAAAGAAUGCUUAAAUGAAGACAACACUCUGGUCCUGGAGCAAAGGGAGCCUGUGGUGAAGACACCAAGCAAGACCAAAGUGAAUGUGACUGUGAACGUGGUGACAUUCAGUGGGGACUCUACUCCUUACAGUGUGGCUGUGCCACAAGGCAGUUCUUUGCUGGAAGCCCUUGAACUUCUCCAGGAGGAAAAUGUUGGCUUCACGUUUGAGAAGGAAUCCAGCCUGUGGGGACCUUUCCUGAGUGUGGUAAAUAAAGAACAGGCCAGACAAGGCGACCGCAGAUACUGGCAUCUCUCCUCAAAUGGCCAGGCGCUCACUCAGGGUAUCGGGGAUUACAGGAUUGACAUGGCUCAAACCAUCACCAUCAAAAACAUAAGUUACUAAGUGCUGUUUGGUUUAUGGAUCAAAAUAAAUUAAGAUCAUUAAUGAAUUAAUGGCAGCUUUCAAGGUGAAAUUACAAAUCAGUAGUAAUUGAUUGUGUGAAAUUUUCUGUAUACUAGCACAAUUGUAAAAAAGGUAUUUGACGGAUUUGAACUGAUUGUUAAAUGUCUGUUCAAAUGUUCCACAGUAUGUAUGUGAUUGUGCUUCUUUUCAGUUUGAAAUAGUUUCAAAUGUAUUCUUGCUACAAAAAGUGUUGACAAAGUUGAACAAAAAGCAGAGUUUUGUUUUAAAUUUCUCAAAGGCUGAUUCUGCUUGAUCCAGUGUAACAUUUUUUCCUGUAAAUGAUUAAAAUCUUUUUCUGACCUUUGACUGUGAUUAAAUUUUUGUAACAUGUCAUCAUAUUUGUUCCACU